UAGUGACGUGUGGAGACAGAAGAAAACUGUCAAGGAACUCAGACCAUUGAGUACUUGUUUUUUGAACCAACUUGAGGAUUUUUCUGGUCAACAUGAAACGCUCCUCUGGUCACGACAGAAGGGAGAGCCACAGUGCACACCACCGGAACUCCUCCCCAGAAGACAGAGGAAGGGACCAAGAAAAACACAGAGAAAGGAAAAGGUCCCGGAAAUCCCCAUCUCCUGGAAGAAGAAGCCCAGAACAAGCAGUCACCCAGAGUUCUACUCAGGAAGAAUCUACCAUGAAGAAGAGGAAGGAUGAGCAGGAUCCACUGCUUACUCGAACUGGGGGAGCGUAUAUUCCUCCUGCAAAGCUCAGAAUGAUGCAGGAACAAAUUACAGAUAAGAACAGCUUAGCGUACCAGAGGAUGAGCUGGGAGGCCCUGAAGAAGUCAAUUAAUGGUCUUAUCAACAAAGUCAACAUUUCCAAUAUUAGUAUUAUUAUCCAGGAGCUACUCCAGGAAAAUAUAGUCAGAGGGAGAGGACUGCUGGCCAGGUCCGUGUUGCAGGCACAGAGUGCUUCUCCAAUCUUUACCCAUGUAUAUGCAGCCUUGGUUGCCAUCAUCAAUUCAAAAUUCCCGCAAAUUGGAGAAUUAAUUCUAAAGAGACUAAUUCUCAAUUUCCGAAAAGGAUAUCGAAGAAACGACAAGCCACUUUGCCUGACAGCUUCAAAAUUUGUGGCACAUCUUAUAAAUCAAAAUGUGGCACAUGAGGUUCUGUGCCUGGAGAUGCUCACUUUGCUGCUGGAGAGACCAACAGAUGACAGCGUCGAGGUAGCCAUUGGCUUCCUCAAGGAGUGUGGACUCAAAUUAACCCAGGUGUCACCAAGAGGAAUCAAUGCUAUCUUUGAACGCCUGAGAAACAUUCUGCACGAGUCUGAGAUCGACAAAAGAGUGCAGUACAUGAUCGAAGUGAUGUUCGCUGUACGGAAGGAUGGAUUCAAGGACCACCCUGUUAUUCUAGACGGACUUGAUUUAGUAGAAGAGGAUGAUCAAUUUACCCAUAUGCUCCCCUUGGAGGAUGACUACAAUCCAGAAGAUGUU